AUGGCCGCAACAACGCCCACAUACCGAAUUGCAUCCAUCCCCGGCGAUGGCAUUGGCGCCGAGGUCGUUGCAGCAACGAUACAAGCUGUCGAAAAGCUGGCAAAGACUCUAGGGACGUUCAAUAUCGAAUUUACCCAUAUUCCAUGGGGAACGCAGUAUUACAAGGAAUACGGCAAAUAUGUCUCGGAUGACUGCUUGGAAACCCUCCGCAAGUUCCAAGCGUGCUUGUUUGGAGCAGUGGGAGCCCCAGAUGUCCCUGACCAUAUAAGUCUCUGGGGUCUUUUACUCGCAAUCCGGGGACCACUACAAUUAUACGCCAACGUCCGUCCAGUCCGUACCUUUCCUGGCACCAAGUGUCCACUCACCACUGCCACGAAAGGAAUCGACUGGGUUCUUGUACGCGAAAACUCCGAAGGAGAAUACUCUGGCCAGGGUGGACGCUCCCACAUUGAUCAACCCUGGGAGGCUGCGACCGAGGUUGCGAUGUUUACUCGCGUCGGCAUCGAGCGGAUUAUGCGAUUUGCGUUUGAGACGGCACGCUCAAGACCUCGUAAGCUUUUGACGGUGGUCACCAAGAGUAACUCGAUGCGAAAUGGAAUGGUUCUCUGGGACAAGGUCGCAGCUGAAGUAUCCAAGGAUUUCCCUGACGUCACUUGGGAUAAGAUGCUGGUCGAUGCCAUGACCGUCCGCAUGGUCGGAAACCCGGACUCUCUGGACACCAUCGUGGGAACGAAUUUGCAUAUGGAUAUUCUGUCAGACCUGGCUGCUGCCCUCGCUGGAUCGAUUGGAGUCGCCCCGUCUAGCAAUUUGGAUCCCACCAGAAAAAACCCCAGUGUCUUCGAGCCUGUCCACGGAAGCGCGUUCGACAUCACGGGCAAGGGAGUGGCCAACCCUGUGGCUACAUUUUGGUCCGCAGCCGAAAUGCUUAUCUGGAUUGGGGAGAAGGAAGCUGCAAAGAAAUUCAUGGAUUGUGUCGAAAAAGUGUGCGCAGAUGGGAUUUUGACACGCGACUUGGGAGGCACGGCCAAUACACAGGAUGUGGUGGACGCCGUAUGUGCCGAGAUCGAGCGACUGGCUUAG